CUUCGGCAUCGGAUCGAAGUGUAGCACCGCUCGAGAUGGCACGGAUCUGGCUUGUUGCAUGUUUGGUGCUGGUGGCGUAUCUUCAAGUGACAUCUUGUGAUGGCGGUAAAUGUGUACAGCACUCCGAAUGUUCAGAGAAAAUGUCGUGCGACAGCGAAAGCUCCCAGUGUGUGGAUCCGUGCCUCACACAUCGAAAAUGUGGAACUGCAGCUACUUGUAGUGUCGAUGAUGAGCAUUUGGCCAAAUGCCGAUGCGAUCCAGGAACUGCAGGUAACCCCUACGAGAGCUGCAGCUCCUCCACAUACGAUAUACUCUCUGCUGGACUAGCAGAUGCCAUCGUGGAGGACGAAGUAAUGGUGAAUUUAAAUGAAAAAACUCAGCAGAAAGAGACGGCAACAAAUGCGUGACGUUAAUCAAGGCCUAUUCUACGUGUAACCUCCAAUGAUGUUAAAAGCUUCUUAAUGAGGCUUAUCGUAAGUACCGUGGAGUUCGGGGCGUCAUCGUCAGUAUUCUUACUUAAAAGUUUAUAGGGGUUAUUUAUAACAUCUGUCCUAUUUCGGGACACCUUCUGCUGGGAGAGACAAAGAAAAGUAUACGUUGUUGCUCUGUUCCUCUUAGCAGCAAGGUAGCAGAACGUGUCCAGGGAAAGGAUAGAUCUAAUAACCUAC